AUGUAUGAUGCUCUUGCAAACUCGCGAGCACCCCUCGCCACAAUCAUAGACCAUCUCAAGGUGCCAAGGUCCGGAACCCACCAUCCUUUGUUCCAGGUCGCCCUCAAUUACCGGCAGGACAACUCCACGCGGUCUAGCUUUGGAGAUGUCCCUAUUGAAUGGCUUGAUGGCACCAACCUUGGAUACCCGUACGAUAUGAAAUUUGACGUCAACGACACACCAAAUGGAACAAGGUUCUGUCUUGUGACACAGAAGUAUCUCUAUGGCACGGCGGAAGCAGAAAGAAUGAUACGAUGGUACGAAGCGACAUUGACCGCAUUUCUCUCUGACCCCAAUAUCCCUAUCGUCUCUUGUCCUCUGAGCAAGCCUGAGGACGACGCGAACGCCAUCUCGAUGGCCAAAGGACCUCGGCUUGCUGUGGAUGCGCACCGCACAUUGGCACAUCAAAUCCAUGAGAUGGCAACUCUGUAUCCUGAUUCGCUGGCGAUCACAGACAGCAUUGGAGGUCGUCUGACUUACUCCGAAAUGAUGGCUAGAUCAGAGCAAAUCGCAACCCUCUUGCAACGCACAGUCAGAAUUCGGACUGGUGACAAAGUCGCUGUACUACUGACAGCCGUUCCCGACCUGGCCUGCUCACUGAUUGCUAUCAUGCGCCUUGGGCUUGUCUACGUCCCUUUGGAUACUUGCAACUCAACCGAGCGUCUUGAAGCAAUUCUCUCAGAGUGCCAACCGUCUACUAUAUUAUGUCAUGGUGCAACUGAGGCGCAGACUCGUCACCUGGCUGCGGGCGGCGUUCCUUUCACGAACAUCGAGGAUCUCGGUAACGCGAACUCGGUCAACGCAUUGCCUCCGGGGAUCCUCGCAGCACCUGAUCAAGUUGGCUUUGUGAUGUACACAGGCGGUACUACUGGACCACCAAAGGGCAUUCUCCUCACUCACUCGGGACUAAUGAAUCAGAUAUCGGGCAUCACAUCUCAAUUCGGAAUCGGCCGAGAAGUGGUUCUGCAGUCAGCCUCACCGGAAUCAGACUUUUCACUCGAACAGAUGUUCGUGUCCCUCGCCAAUGGUGGAACUCUGGUCGUGGCACCCCAAUCUGCCAAGGAAGACACCGCCGAAGUCGCCGACAUCAUGCUCAACGAAAGCAUCACAUACACGAGUUUCACAACAUCGGAGUACCUGGACCUUCUGAAGUGCGGAUCCAAAGUGCUCAGCAACUGCACGUCGUGGAAUUUUGCAUUCGCCAGUCACGAGAAGGUCACAGCGAGAUUUCGACGCGCGAUGAAGGACCUGGAGCUUCCCGGACUAGAGCUCGUCAGCGUUUACGGACCAGUUGAGGCGAGCAUCUCCUGCAGCAGAGUCCGGCUGAAUUAUCAGGAAGCCUUUGAGGACUUUUCAGAUGUUACCGGAGAAAGGUUUUGCGGACCAAUGAUGCCGAACUACUCCGUUGUGAUCGUGGAUCAGGAAUUGCGGCCCGUACCCACUGGUUAUCUUGGCGAGAUAUGUAUCGCAGGCCCGGGACUGGCGAAGGGAUAUCUGAACAACCCUCGGGAAAAGUCUCGAAGAUUUGUGGCCAAUACCUCCCAAUCAACUGACGAGAUCAACAGAGGACGGUCAAGGCUAUUCCGAAGCGGCGACAAGGGUCGGGUCCUUGAGGACAGUACCGUGCACUUCAUUGGACGACUGACUGGUGACAGAGAAGUCAUUAUUCAAGACAAGCCUUUCAAUCUUGGUGAAAUCGCCGAAGUCAUCAUCAGAGAAGCGAGCCCGACUGUUCUUGAUGCGGCCGUCUCGUGGCGUGCGGACACAGGAGUGCUUAUUGCCUUCGUCACAGUCGAAGACGAGGCCAUUGGCGACAUCGACGUCUUCUUGCACCGGCUCAAGGCCACCGUGCCUCUUCCAACACAUAUGAUACGAGAUGUGAUACUCCCUGUCCGUUCCGUUCCCAGGACUCUCGACGGAAGGAAAGAUUUGCGCGCACUUGACAAUUUACUUCUUCCGGAAUGUAUCCCGAACAGGAUAACAACAGAGACCUUCUCGCCAUUAGAGCUGAGAGUCAAGAGUAUUCGGGAAAGCUUGAUUAGGACAGACUCAAUGGCCAAUUUGAAGCCCGAGACGGAGAUCUUCUGCGCGGGAGGCAACUCCGUGCUUCUCAUUCCUCUCCAAGCUGCGUUGCAGGCUGAUCUAAGGAGCAGUCUCAGCCUCCCUGAUCUCUUCCAAACGCCAAGGAACACGUGGCUGCAGGCCACCACCAACCCGGGAGUUGUUUGUGACUCCAACACAGUUCCAACCGAAGAGAUGAAGCGCCUCCCGCAGGAGGUAGUGGACAAAAUAGCCGGACAUCUUCCUGCCCGACACGAGGGGAAACGGAUUCUACCGAUUCUGGCUACGUUUUCAAGCUCCUGGCAGCAUGCCAUUGAGCUUUUCACAUUUCAAUCCCUCCACGUCACAAGCGACGGUCUCGACGACUUCUAUGCAGCCUUUGUGGGUCAAAAAACGCGUCGCCGAUUCCUCAGGGACCUCCACCUGGACAUUGUCUUGCCGCGAUACAGCGAUGAAGACUGCGCCAAAUACGAGACGGCACACGACAGAGCUGCAAACAGCGACAUUUUCAGUCAUCAAGUAUCAGCUCUACUACAAAAACUAUCGCAGUGGCCCGCUGGCGGCAGGCUUAAUCUUGUCAUAGGCAUGUACUCGCCGAUGGACGGUGUCCACCAUGGUCCAGACAAGUUCGACUGCGACCAAUACGAAGUUACCUUGGGGAGGCGGCAGGAUAUCUUCGGCGAGCGAUAUGCUUACUCAUACCUCCGCUUCGCUGGCACAGUUUCAGUUGUUCCCUGUGUCACGGAGCCAGAAUACGCCCACCCAGCUUCCACAGCUGUAGUACGCCCACCCAGCUUCCAGCGUUGGCCCACCCAGUAUAAAGAAAUUGGCUGCAUGCAUUAA